AUGGGCCAGGGCGAUGACUUGCUGGUUCGUAUUCCGCCUCCAACAUUUCAACUGGACUGCCGCUGUCUGCCAAAGGACCCCUGCUGGCCAUCAUCCCACGAAUGGAAUGCUUUCAACCGCACCGUAAACGGACAUCUGGUCCGGAUCCAGCCGGUUGGUUCGGUCUGCCAUGGCAGAGACUACGACCCAGCGGGGUGCGCUUUUGUCAGAAACUCUACGCAUGACUCGCUUUGGCGCAUCGCAGAAGCAGGCGCACUUCAAUCAGUCACCUGGGAAACUCAGCAAUACCACAGCGGAAGCUGCUUUGUCGACGCCCCGCGCGCCAUCCCCUGUAGCCAGGGCCGAAUCCCUCUGUACGGGGUACUGGCGCACUCCGCAGAGGACAUCCAGAAAGCGGUGUGGUUCGCACGCCAGCACAACCUGCACGUCACAGUCCGAAACACCGGCCACGACGGGAUUGGCCGUUCGAGUGGGCUGGGCUCCUUCCAGAUUAACGUGAGUCUCUUAAAGAAGAUGGAAUUCGUGUCGGACUUCGUCCCGCAAGGUGGGGAGACGUCUCGUGGGUCGGCGGUCACCCUCGGGGCUGGGGUGUUAGGGCUCGAAGCCCUAGCCGCCGGCAAGAAAGAAGGCGUGAAUAUGGUGACCGGCACUUGUAGUUCUGUCGCUGCAACGGGUGGUUUUGUGCAGGGCGGCGGGCUGGGGUUCCUGGGGCCUGCGUAUGGGAUUGGAUCGGAUAAUGUGCUGGAAUUUGAGGUUGUUACUGCUGAGGGUGAUCUGGUCGUGGCGAACAAAUACCAGAACGAAGACCUCUUCUGGGCGUUGCGCGGAGGAAGCGGAGGCACGUUCGGAGUGGUAGUCCGCACCACGAUCCGCACGUAUCCUGACGUCCCAGCCGUGCAUCUCCUCCUGACGGCCGAUCUUCCCCGGCAGCAGAAUGGAACCACCGGCAACGGGGAUCAAGCCAUCUGGGCUAUUACCACCGAGCUCACCAACCUGCUGCCCGCGCUGAAACGCAUGGAUAACAAGACUAGUGCCAUGAUCGUGCCACGGUUUUUGGAAAAUCGCACUGUGCUGGAGGCACACGUGCUCUUCGUUAACACCAGCGAUGCUCAGGGUCUAUCCUCGGUGUACACUUCCGAGUUGACUGUGUAUCCGGAGAUCUCCACCUGGCUCAAUAUCCCGCGCCAGCUCAACGGUGGAGGCUACGGACUCGUCGAAGGAUCGGUGCUUAUCUCUGAGGAUCUCUUCUUCUCUCCCAAUGGAACCUCUCAUAUAUUGAACGUGCUGUCCCAUUUGGAGUAUAUAGUCGGAGACUCAGUGGAGAUCCUGAUGUCAGUCGGUGGGCAGGUCAAAGCCAAUAAGCACGUCAUCGACAGCGCCUUGCUCCCUGGGUGGCGCGAGGCUGAGCUGUUGCUGACGAUUCGACGGACGCUGCCACCGACAUCCUUGACAAAGACGAUGGUCAAUAGUCAGUUGCCAUUUGUGAGGGCUCUGCAGGUACCCUCGCUAGGGGUGUACUAUAAUGUCGUCGAUAUUGAACAGCCUGACUCCCGGCAAGCAUUCUGGGGGGACAACUAUGAACGACUGUAUGUGAUCAAGCAGAGGUGGGAUCCCGAUGGUUUGUUUAUAGUGGGGAUGGGGGUGGGAAGUGAGGAUUGGGAUGAGGAGGGGAUCUGUCGGGUGUAG